AUUUAUUCUAAUAAUUAUUAACCUACUACCACGGAAUAUAUUAAUAUAACUACCUACUACUUACCUCUCUGUAUAUUAUUUAGUUGGUUUUUUUUUUUAUUUCUAGUGAAUCACUAUAGGUACAAUACAACUUACACAACAAAUUAUCAUAUUGACAUAUUAUAUUUACAUCUGCUCAUCAUUUCAUAGGUUCCAUAAAUCGUCUCCCUAAACUUUAAGUCCUAGUGUGACGUCGUAUCUGCGAUUGAUAAUUGACUAUUGUCAAUCAACAUCAUGUUUAGAAAAUUUGCAUCUGCGGUUUCAACAGUUCGCUUAGCACAGCAAAAUUUCCAGAAUAUUCCAAAGUUUAGACAAAUUUCAAUUACUAAUUCAGUUACACGGUCAUUUUCUACAUCUCCGGUGUUUAAUAUUAAGGUACAAGAAGCAGCACCCCAAUUUGAGGGUAAAGCAAUCAUUGAUGGACAAAUAAAAGAUAUUAAACUAUCAGAUUUUAAGGGAAAAUACUUGGUUUUAUUUUUUUACCCUUUGGAUUUUACAUUUGUUUGUCCAACUGAACUAGUGUCAUUUAGUGAUCACAUUGAUGAAUUUAAAAAAAUUGGUGUAAAUAUAGUUGGAUGUUCUUGUGAUUCACAUUUUUCACAUUUAGCAUUUGUUAACACCCCUCGAAAGCAUGGUGGUUUGGGUGGUCUGUGUUAUCCACUAUUGUCAGAUUAUAAAAAGGAAAUUGCCAAAGCCUAUGAUGUUCUUAUUGAACCUGACGGUAUACCACUCCGUGGCCUUUUUAUUAUAGACCCUAAAGGAAUAAUAAGACAAAUUACCAUUAAUGAUCUGCCAGUAGGACGUUGUGUAGAUGAAGUUCUAAGACUUGUUCAAGCUUUCCAAUUUGUUGACCAACACGGAGAAGUUUGUCCCAUGAACUGGAAGCCAAAUAGUCCAACUAUUAAACCAGAUCCAAAUCUUUCAAAGGAAUAUUUUGAUAAAGUUAACAAGUGAAUUAUAGUUCAAUACUGAAAGUACUCAAAAAUAAUUAAAACUAAAGAAUGCGCCAGUUCUGUGUAUCUCCCUGCGUCACCCUGAUAUCGAAACCGGAUUCCGUAUGGCAAGGUGUUGCCUGGAAUGCGCAAUAAAACCGAUUUUUGUUGACCUGUGGCGCUUACUCUCACUGGACAGAGUAUAGUUGCUUAUUAAAUUUUAGUACAACCCCGCAUUUGAUUAUUAUGAAUGUGUGCCACUUGAAUUAAAUACAUUAAAUCUAACUGGUAAGUGGUAAUUUUAAUUUGUUAAAUAAAUAAUAAGUUUGCAACUAUGGUAAAA